AUGACUUCUCGUACCAUCACAGACACAUCAGCCGUUACUUUAAAUAUCCCGGCGGUGGCGCCAUUGGCAAUUGCUUCUGGCAGAUUGAACUCUACCAUUCUAGAGACGGGAUCUCAGUUUGGAGCUGCUCAUCGCUGGGGUGAGUUACCACAUGAGUUUGGUAUGAGAAGGUUGGCUGGUACUGAUGAGGACCGUCAAAUGAGGGAUUGGUUCAUCAAGGAAUGCAAAUCUUUGGGAUGUAAGAUCAAGAUCGACAAGAUUGGGAACAUUUUUGCCGUUUAUCCUGGUAAAGAUAAGAGCGGGGCACCUCCAACUGCUACAGGCUCUCACUUGGAUACACAACCAGAAGCCGGGAAGUAUGACGGUAUUCUUGGUGUGCUCGCAGGGCUGGAAGUGUUGCGGACUUUCAAGGAGAAUGACUUUACUCCAAACUAUGAUGUUUGCGUAGUAGUCUGGUUUAACGAGGAAGGUGCAAGAUUUGCUCGUUCUUGUACUGGCAGUAGUGUUUGGUCUCAUGACUUGGAUUUGGAAGAAGCCUACAAUCUGCUCUCUGUGGGUGAAGACAAACCAGAAUCUGUUCUUGAGUCUUUAAGCAAGAUAGGUUAUGUCGGCGAGACACCUGCUUCUUAUAAAGAGAAUCAAAUCGAUGCUCAUUUCGAAUUGCACAUCGAACAAGGACCAAUACUCGAGGAUGAAAACAAGAAGAUUGGUAUAGUCACCGGUGUUCAAAGCUAUCACUGGGCUAGGAUCACUGUUCAAGGUGAAGGUGCGCAUGCUGGCACUACACCAUGGAGACUAAGAAAAGAUGCUAUGCUUAUGUCCGCGAAAAUGAUUGUAGCUGCUGCAGAUAUCGCUAAGUCUCACCAGGGACUUUUCACAUGUGGUAUCAUCGACGCUAAGCCUUACUCUGUUAAUAUAAUACCAGGAGAGGUAUCCUUCACAAUCGAUAUCAGACACCCAGAUGAUGCUGUAGAGGCUGUAAUUUUGCAAGAAGUUAAAGAUGAAUUUGCGAAGUUGUUGAAAGACAAUACCGCUGGCGCUUUGUCUUACCAAUGGGAUGUGCUACAGAUUUCCCCAGCCGUGAAGUUUAAUGAUACAUGUGUCGAAUGUGUCUCCAGAUCUGCCUUUGCCCAGUUCGAAAAAUCGCAAGUGAGACAAAUAUGGUCUGGUGCGGGACACGACUCUUGUCAAACCGCUCCUCACGUACCAACUUCAAUGAUCUUUAUCCCUUCGAAAGAUGGGCUGUCUCAUAAUUAUCACGAAUAUUCCUCGGCAGAAGAAGUUGAAGAUGGGUUCAAAGUGCUAUUGCAAGCCAUUAUCAACUAUGAUAAUUACAGGGCUUCAAAAGGUCACUAG